UGACGCAUGAAGUUAUUGAAGAAGUACAGUACCUGCGCCAUGUUCGUUUUUGAGAACACGAUAGAGAAGUGUUAACGACGUUUUGAAGAAAUUACGGCCUUGCGGGAAAAGAUGAUACAAAAUAUGGAAUGAGUAAAUGGACUGUAUGCACUAGUGGUUGUAUUCCGUUCACGCUAUUAACCGCAGUUGUAAAUAAUAUAUCGCAUCAAAAUGUCGGACGACGCGGCGAGGGAAGAUGCCUGUCGAGAGUACCAGUCCUCGCUUGAAGAUCUGACUUUCAACAGUAAACCACACAUCAACAUGCUGACCAUACUUGCGGAGGAGAAUCUUCACUUCGCCAAGGAUAUCGUCGCAAUUAUUGAAGCACAAAUACUCAAGGCGCCAGCAGCUGAGAAGCUCCCAGUUUUGUACUUAGUGGAUUCCAUAGUGAAGAACAUUGGCGGCGAAUACCUUGCGGUGUUUGCUAAAAACCUUGUCACUUCAUUUAUUUGUGUAUUUGAAAAGGUGGAUGAGAACACUAGAAAAAGUCUAUUCAAGUUACGGUCCACAUGGGAUGACAUUUUCACAGCAACCAGAUUGUACACAUUAGACGUGAAAGUCAAUGGAGUAGACCCAGCGUGGCCAAUUAAACCUCUGCCAAACCCAAGCAUUCAUGUUAACCCAAAGUUUCUCAAGAUGGAGGAAGCGUCCACCCCUCCUCCCAAGGCCGUAAAACCAGAGCCCCCGCCACCAACGCCAUCGGUGGCCGAGAGAAAGAUGAAUGAGGAGCAGGCCAUUAGGCAGCAGUUGCUCUCCAAGCAGAAGGAGCUGCUGGAACUACAGCAGAGGAAGAUUGAACUUGAGCUUGAGCAGGCCAAAGUGCAACUGCAGUCCAAAGGCUCAUUGAGUGGAGAAGGACAAGCCAGGCUUCAGUUGCUCGCAAAGCAGAAGGAAUUGAUUGACCUUCAGCAGAAGAAGAUAGAACUUGAGCUUGAGCAGACUAAAGUUCAACUGGCGUUUAAUCGCAUUGGACCAACCACCACCUCCACCUCCCAGGCCAGUACGACGCACCAUCCGCCUCCCACCACCACCAAGCCAGCCGCUCCCCCACCGAUCACCAACUCUUGGCACUCCUCUUCCUCCCCCUCGCUCUCCUCUUCCUCUUCUCAGCCGUCCGAGAAGCCGCCGACGAGAGAUCCACGCUUGAACAGGAGCGCCGGGGCCCCACCUUCACACGCCAAAGAGCCAACGACGACGCACGCCAAGGAGGCGCCGACGAGUAAGAGAGAAAAUCAGGAGAAGAGAGUAUCUGUGCCCAUCGAUAGGCUUCCCAGGAUCCCGCGGAAAAGCGAGUCGGCCGAGUUGAGGGCCAGCAAGAGGGAGUUGGCUGCAGCAGAGGAGAGGUCAAAGUCCAAGUCUGCAUCGCCGGCGAGUAAAGAAAUCCUGGGCAGAAGCAAAACCGAGCCGGAUAACCUGAAGGCCCCCGAAGUCGCCAGAAGAGACCCCAGGCUUCGAAGGCACGCCGUCGAGAAGGCCGAAGCGGAAGAGGAAGCGGCACCGAAAGAAAAGAAACGGAGCCUGGACAAGAAGGAGAAAGAGAAGGAGGACUCGGGCAAGGCGUCAGCUCACCAGCGAGCGGCCAACGCCAGGGCAAAGCUGUCCAACGGCUCCCUCAGCAAGCAGGAGAAGCAGGACUUCAGGCUCAGCAAGGCGGGCGGCAAGAGGUCCCGCUCCAGGUCCCGAUCGCGCUCCCCGAGCCAGCCCAAGAGGAAGGAGCGCCGGUCGCCCAAGGGCCUCAAGGGCACCUCCGUGUCUCCCCCCAAGUUCUCCAAGAGCAGGUCGGGCUCUGGCAAACACUCCUCCUCGCAUACUGAGGAGGUGGCUCACCACGGCCCGGCCAGAGAGGACAGAGGGCCCCCCAAGGACGCGUCAGAAGCCAGGAGAGCAAAGAGGGGCCACGAGGAGAGGACCUCGGAGCCGAGAGACUCUUACUCCAGCAGAGAACCCCCCGAGGCCAAGGAGAAUAUCAAAAGCUGGAGGAGUGGAUGGGAGGACAGUAAACGUCCUAAACAUGCGGAAGACUCUCCACCAAAGCCCAGUACGCCGAGGGUCAGGCCGUGGAAUCCUAGUCCCAGGUCCACGCCGUCUCGAGUCAGGCAAAACCGCCUCAGCGUCGACGCCAAUCUGCACAUCCCAGAGGUGCUGAACUCUGCCAGCAAAUCGGAUUUGCUCAAGAAGGCUAGCAAAAGACACGCAAAGGGCGAGAUCACCCUGGAGGAGUUCCUGAACGUGGCCCACCAGAUCAAGCAGGUCUUCCAGUACCAGGAGCAGAAGCAGCGCUCCAACUCCUGGGAGUCCUCGUGUGACGACCCCCUGCUCAGCCCCAAGGAGAAGAGGGACCCCCGGGACCCGCGCGAGCCCCUGGGCCCCAACCACCCCAGCGCAGAGGAGCUCUACCAGCAGCACAAGUCCCGACUCGUCAGGACGCGUCUGCUUCCGCAUCGGCAAGCUCCAGAAAGGCCUUGGGUAGAGGGGGAACGAAUGCUUCACCCCAUGCCAUCGCUGGAGGGCGACUACGAGUCGCCCAGGAGGCUGUCACAGGACGACCCGCAGGAGCCGUACUCCCGACGCGAGGACCCACCGCCCUACACCAGGCACCGGCUCCCUCUCCCGCCCCCGCCAAACCCGCCGCCAAGCCACGUCGGCGCACGCAACACCCCGAGCCCCGGCGUCCCCGAGGAGUUCCCCAGGCGCUCGCCGGCGUACGGAGGCCGCUCGUCACCCGCGGGCGCCGCGGAGAUGCAGGAGGACCCAGCCUGCGAGAUGAGCCCUAUCCCGCGCUUCGAGAGCCCCAACAGCGUGCACUCGGACGACGGCAUAGACAUCGAGCCGCCAGUGCUUCCCUCCAGGCCCACGAGGAGCCUUCCCAGCAUGCCCAGCGGCCGCGUACCCAGCGAGUCGCCCUCCGCACCCCUGCACCUGCCGGACGACGGGCUGCCGGUAAACGCGCAAAGACACGAGGGGCCGAGAGAGAGCCAGAGGUUCGAGGGCCACAAGGGGUCUUACGAUGGCGGCCCUGGACACAUGGAUGCUCCCCAGAGGAAGUCACGGCCAGAGGGUCCGCCCAGGACUCACGCGCCGGGCGGCUACGAAGGGAACCCGGGCUCAAACAGGUACGACGGCUCGGGCAACCAGCGCUUUGACGGUCACGAACGAGGCCCGCCGGAGCGGCGCUACGAGCCCAAUUACGGCGGGCCACGUUUCGACGGGCCGCCGGUGCACGAGAAGCGGUUUGACGGGCCGGGUCGCUACGACGGCUCCGGACCCCCUCAGCGGCCCAUGAGGUUCGACGGCCCCCAUCCACCUCCGCAGCAGCAGCAGCAGGGCUUCGCGAGGUUCGAACGGCCCAUGGGCCACAACCGAUUCGAAGGCCCCGGUCCUGGACCCAACCCUGGGCCCGGGCCCAAUAGGUUUGACGGUCCAAUGCAGCCCAACAGGUUUGACGGUCCACUACGGUUCAAUAAUCCCCCACACAUGCAGCCGCAGCAGCAGCAAGGGCCCAGCAGGUUCGACGGGCCAAUGGGCUUCCAGCCCGGCCACGGAGCUGGCCCAGGUUACGACGGACCACCCAUCAAUCCCCCAGCCGGACCUGGACCCCCAAGGUUUGACGGCCCCCUCAACAACCAGCCUGCCGGCAUGUGCUUCGACAACCCCGCCGGUCCGCCUGGACCCAUCCGGUUCGAGGGCCAACCUCAGGGGAUGCCGCGUUACGACUGCACGGGCCCACCGAGGUACCCGCUGGGCCCCCAGAACCAGAUGAGGCCUCAGGGCCAACCCAUGUUCCCUAACAUGCCUCAGGGACAGGUGCCGGGACAGGGGCCGGUGCCCAUGGCCACCCCUGGCCUCCCACCCCAGCCCUCCAACUUCAACAUGCCCAACCGCUUCCCAGAUCCGCUCAACACGUUCCCCAACGCCCCGCAGCCCUUCAUGGGACAGCAGAACGUUCCUUUAGGACCAAACUUCAGCGUGCCACAAGUCCCUACCUCAGCAGCGUUCCAAGCCGCCUUCAGGCCCCUCGUGCCCUUCCCAGGAGCACCCGUCGCCAACAUGCAACAGCCCAUGAACAUGCUUCCUGGCGCCUGUCAACCCUUCUUGCCACAGAACCCAGUGCCUUUCCAGCAACCCAAUCCUCUGUUUGGGCAGCAGCAGCAGCCGCCGCAGCCUGAGAGUCACCUGGGCCAGAUGGACGUCAACGACCUGCUGGCCAAACUCAUCAGCACCGGCAUUAUCAAGUCCUCAACCACAGACGCCGCUCAGACUGGUGAGGCUCCUCUUCUCCCCCAAAAAGAUCCCACUGCUGCCCCUGAGUCUCCACCAGCUCCUGAGGAAGAGGAGGAGGAAGAGCAGGUGGAGGAUGACAACCUGCCCGACCUAACGCCCUUCACACUGGACGAAAUGAAGCAGCGGUACGACAGCGUGGUGACCAAGCUGUACACGGGCAUCCAGUGCUACUCGUGCGGCAUGCGCUUCACCUCCUCCCAGACGGACGUCUACGCCGACCAUCUGGACUGGCACUACCGGCAGAACCGCUCCGAGAAGGACGUCAGCAAGAAGGUCACGCACCGACGCUGGUACUACAGCCUCACGGACUGGAUCGAGUUUGAGGAGAUAGCGGACCUGGAGGAGCGGGCCAAGAGCCAGUUCUUUGAGAAGGUGCAGGAGGAGACCGUGCAGAAGACACAGGAGGCGGCCAAGGAGAAGGAGUUCCAGAGCGUCAAAGCAGCCGCCGACGUGGUGGACGAGUCGUGUGAGAUUUGCCAGGAGCAGUUUGAGAUGUACUGGGAGGAGGAUGAGGAGGAGUGGCAUCUCAAGGACGCCAUUCGAGUUGAUGACAAGACAUAUCAUCCUUCAUGUUACGAAGAUUAUAAAAAUACAUCAUCUUUCAUGGAUUGCACUCCGUCACCAAAUAAGGUGCUGACCGAGAAUCCUUUAAGUGCUUUGGUUAAGCAAGAGGACUCUGAUGAAAUAAACCGCUGCAGUGUUAAGCAAGAGUCUGAGGCGUUGUCGUGCUCUGUUUCCCAGGGUGCAACAGUGCAGCAGCAGGAGGAGGAGCAGGUGGCGGAGGAGGAGGGCGUAGUAAAGGUUAAGUCAGAGGAAAGCUGCUUCCCCCCUUGCUCGAGUUAGUCGGGUGGUGAUGCGUAUCAGUAGGGGGUCUCGUGAGGGGGGCCCGUUAAUGCACUUGACAGCACUGAGGGGAGCGUCCUUCAGUAGAGCGUACUCUAAAUACAUUUUGGUAUUUUGACAUCCUUGCCUGCUAUGCUUAGGCCCUUCGGAUUUUUUUGUUUUUCUGCUGUGUCAAUGCUUAUCUGAGGAAAUUGAAUAUGUUGUUUGGAGAAUUGUGUACAUUUAAUUUAUAAAUAAAGAUAUUUUUGUUAUUUUUUGUGUAUUAUUGAUAAAAGGGUAACAUGGGAAUUCAUGACCUGAUUUAAAAGGAUGUUCUUCUUGAAAGUGCACAUGUAAAAAAAAAAAAUCCUCCAAAAAAGUGGCAAAUAUUUUUGACUACUAAUCCUAUGUUCCAUCUAUUGUUCCAGGGUAGAAUACGAUGAAUAACGCAAUUGAUUUCAGUAGUUAGGAGGAAAACCAUUUUUAAUUUUAUUGAUAAAUAAAUAUCUCCUGAUGAGUGAACUUUUCAGCAUUUUCAGUUGAAUAAAGGAAGAAAAAAAAUAAAGGCUUUUUUUAAAUGGCUGGGCAAAUCUUUUUGCGUUUUAUUUUUUGGGAAGAUGAGCUUUUUGUUGCAGAUUAUUCAAUAAAUUCAGUUUGAAAAUGG